UGAAAAAAAUAGAAAUAUUAAAAGAAAAAAAAAUAUAUGUUUCUAAUAAGUUAACAGAAGCUCUUAGUGUUAAAACAUAUUUUACUCCAUUAUGGCAAUUAAGUUAUAAUGCAGAUUUAACAGUCUUACAGAGAAAAAUUAAUGCAUUAAAAAAUUAUAAAGAACUACAAAAUAAGUUUAAAAAUUUAACUGAUAACAAUAAAAAAUUGAAAUUAUAUGGGCAAAACAAUAAAUUAUAUGUGCAAAACAAAUCAAAAUUCUUUUCAAAGUCUAAAGAUGAUGAACUUCAAGUGAAAAAAAAUCUAUUUGAGAAGCAUAUAAGAAAAUUUAUUGAAAUUCUUAAUAAAGAAACAGUACAUACAGGACUUUCAAUCGAUCAGAAGACUAAAAAAAGUGAUGCAAACGAGACAAUUGUUGAGUUUAAACUAAAAGAAAUCUUGAAUAACUUUGGAAAAGAAAGAUUGGCAAAAGAUCAAGAUGUUGCUUGGUUAAUGAGAGAGACAAAGUUUGCACAUAAAAAAAAAACUGAGUUAAUUCAAAUUGCAACUAAAUAUAAAGAAAAAUUAGACCUAUUAGAGAAAGAAGUAAACUAUGUUGUCGAUACAUUAAGGAAAGGUAUUAAAGCUAAAAUAAAUUCUGAUUUGGAAAAGGAAAUAAAUUUUAAAUCCAAAAAAUUAAAGUUAGAGGAUCAAAUUAAAGAGUUAGAAAACAAUAGCGAUCUAAAAAUUUUGCAAACAAUAUUAGAUGAAUUAACUCAAGAAAAUAUAGAAUUAAAAAAUUUAAUUCACAAAAAUUCUAAAUUCAUAAUGGAGCUAAACAAACGAAUAAAUUUUUCAAGGUCUAAAGAGAAAAGGGAUAAUGAAUUAAAUGAAAAUAUUAAAAAAAAUAGAAUAUGA